CUGUCGCCGCCGUCGCUCCGCGCCCUCCGCCCGUGUUCCGCGACCGUCAUGGCCAGCCUGCAGGAUCUGGUGGGGAGAUGGCGCCUGGUGGACAGCAAGGGCUUCGACGAGUACAUGAAGGAGCUCGGAGUGGGACUGGCUCUUCGAAAAAUGGGUGCCAUGGCCAAACCGGACUGUGUCAUCACUGUCAAUGGCAAUAAUCUCUCUGUAAAAACCGAGAGCACUUUGAAAACAACACAGUUCUCUUGUAAUCUGGGAGAGAAGUUUGAGGAAACUACAGCUGAUGGCAGGAAAACUCAGACCGUCUGCAGUUUCAAGGAUGGUGUGUUGGUUCAGCACCAGGAAUGGGACGGAAAGGAAAGCACCAUAAACAGAAAAUUGGAAAAUGGAAAGUUGGUGGUGGAAUGCAUCAUGAAUAAUGUCACCUGCACUCGUACCUAUGAAAAAGUUGAAUAAGAUGUCCAUCAUUUUGGACAGGAAUUAGCUUCAAGGAUUGACAAGCUCAGUUCAAUGAGCAAAUCUCCGUGCUGGUUUUUCUUUUUUCUUCAUUACUCUAUCCGUGAUGUUUAUCACAAGUAUUUUACAUACAUCUAUUUUAAAGUAUUGGUUUAAUCAAGAUCAUUCCUUUGGUUAACAAAUAAAUGUCUUUGUGUUACACCAGAGUUGUAUACACUCUUUAACUUUGUAGGAUAUCACUGGUGAGUUUUGAAUUAAAUAAAAUCUGGGGUAGUCUUGA